AAAAUCUGUCAACUGUCAAAUGCUGUCAGCAGACGAUACUGUACUGUUGCGCGUGUGGGAUGAAGAUGUCACAAUGCAAUGAUGACAAUUUUGAACUUGACCUCUUUAGCUCCAUUUAAAAAGUGAUAUUUUAUGCGCUAGUUUAUCGUAUUGAUGUAGAAAUGAGACGAGGACGAUAUCAACCCUUUUUUAAUAAACGAACAGCAACAAAAUUACGCCUUCCAAAGAUAAAAACAUUACAAAUCAUUUCAAUAGUCAGUUUACAGACCAAGGAAAAGUGAAAAAAAGAUUUAAAUGAUUUUUUUGUUAAUCAUAAACUUCAACUUGAAACCCACAAAACACAAUAAUGGAGCAAGUACUUUCAAUAAGCUGGUCUAACCGAAUUCUACUCACAAGCACUAUCAGUAUUCUAAUUUGUUUAAUACUCCAAGUAUACGUUGCUCAGCUUUCGGUGUCAACCCCUAUGGUCAUAUCUUGGGCCAUUCUUAUAAUUACUUUAUCGAUAUGGUUAAGCUGUGUUGCAUUGAGACUCAUACUUAAGGCAAAUAGUCCAUUGAUCAUUCAACCCUUCAACAAGUGGCUACAACUAUUAGUCAGUGUCUAUAUAAAACAUGAUCUUCAAUUAACGCAACAGCAGCAAAGUGAAAUUAUUAAGGAUGCUGAAAAUACAAACAUCAAGCCCCUGAGUACCACUGCAAGCAACAAUGACCAAAAACCGAAUAAUGAAGAUUCAAGCUCAAAUGGAACAUUCCAAAAAAUUACUAAUCAGAACAAGGACUCAUCUUCAACAUUUAUGGCCAGAAUAAAUUUGGAUGAAACAGUCGAUGAGAUUGACUCAAAGUUUAUUAAUGUUUGGUAUCAAAAUGUCAGCAAUGAUGAAACAUUUUGUAGCGAAGCAAAGCUGCUAUUGAAGAACCUAUUAGAUAGAGUAAACCAUCAACUGAAUAAUGUUGAUCAGAUCGAAGUAGUGAGGAAGAUUGGCAAUGUGUUGCUAUUGCAUUUGAAAGAAUAUCGUAGAUCGCUUCGUCGUCUGGAAAAGGGAACAGUGACUGAUAUAGAGGAAGCUUAUCGAUAUGUUCAUCCAGGUUCCCGAAACACAGCAGCUUUGGAGUAUAGUUUACAUAGAGUGAUCACAGUACUCGCUAGAGAAUUUCUACAGUGGGAAAUAAUGAGCUCCUUACCAUGUAAGCUUCUGUUUUCUGUACUGGCUAAAAAGUUACUUUCAAGAAUCGAAACUAUCAGCUCCCCGAAUUGGAUAUAUGGUGUCAUUUUGACAGCAGUCAGUUCAGAACCGAUUGAUACUGAGAAAAAUACUACACAUAACAAGAGUGCUGUGUCAUCGGCUCUUAGUGAUGCUAUUCUUUCUACUACAGCAGCAGUGAUAUCGCGUCCAUUUCCUAAGGCUGGUCAGGCUGCAAUUGUUUCUACAAACAGUAAGGUCAAUAAUGAAAAUGGACCAAGCUUAUUAGAAAGAAGAGCUUCUUUGAGCUUAGAUGGCUUGGAAAUAAGUCACAGGGGUUUGUGGGCUAACGUAGAGAUCUCUGAGCCUGAUUCUGAACCAGAUGAAGACAGGUUGUCACCAGUUUAUGAGGAGCCAACUGAUUUAGCGACAACAAUUGCCAGAUUGCGAAGCCUUUUGCAUCAAAAAUCAAAUGUCACAACUCCCCAGCAAACGGAGGAAAAGUCUUGCACAGUCUAUGAGGAUAGUCACUUAGCGAUUCCUUGGACAGAGUUUCAUACAGCACCAGAUGGCUCUCAGCAGCUUUUCUAUUGCAUUCAGUUUGACGACAUAGAACAGCAUGGAUCGCACUUUUUUGAAACUACAACAGCAACCGUGAAGAGGCAGUAUUCAGAUUUUGUACGGCUUCAUGCCAGCCUUGCAGAGGUUCCAUCAUUGGCAGCAGUAUUAGCAGACAUAAGUUUGCCAGAAGGUGGGCGUGUAGAAAUGGAAAAUUAUUUAAAACAGAUUUGCACGCUUUUAGCGGCAGAAUAUCCACCUCAACUACGUCAUUUCUUACGCCCUAGUAGUAAUAGUAGUAAAAAAGCAGAUGCCGUCGCUCCAAGGCUGGACAGAUUUUUGGCUAAAACUGUAAGCGGAGUAUUUAACACGUUAAAAACUGUGGUGCCUGGCUUUGAAAUGGAUCCAGAGAUAGAGGUGAUGCCAAUGCCAACAUUGAUGUCAUUGGCUGAUGUUCCUUGGCGUUUCGUUGAAGAUUUAAAUUCUCGGAACUUGGGUCGUGAAUUGCAACAAUUGGUUGCUGAAAGAAUAGAUUACUGUUCAGUUGACACAGCUUAUGAAGCAGUAGAAUCCAUUGAAGGAAGCGGAGACUCUGAACUGCUAGAUCACUGGUGGAAAACAUUCAAUGCACCAUAUGACGAAGAACUUGAUGAACUCGACACUGGAAUAUCUUUGACUCAGAUGGUAAUAGAUUUGACCUCUGAAAUUCUAGUCGGAGCUGGAUGUGACAGUGUUAUUGAACAGGAAGCUGUUGUUAGAGCAAUCAAAUUAUUCGCUGGUAAUAUUGCCGAGUCUUCAUUACAGAAUAUGAUUAGAACAUUCGUCCAUCAUUUGGACAACUUGAAUAUUUUCACAAGCCCUAUUAGUGAGAAUAAUAGAGUAUUGGACGAUCUUGAGGAUGAAUUACUCUGGCAGCUCAUGUCCAUGGUUCCACCUCAAGUGAAGAUAUUUUUAGGAGACAAUGAGACGAGUAAGGCAUUGAAAUUUGUGAUGAAAUCUCUAGAAAACAAAAAAAUCAAUCGUGACUUGUACCUGCAAUUAUUGGAUGUCUUAGCGUCGCAAUUACUGGCAUCAUCUAAACUGAGCCAACAAGUUAUACCAUGAUAAUGAGGUUUGUUAUCUGUAAGUACGUCCCCAACAGAUAGAAUUAUAAAUAAAUUCACAAAGAACCAGUAUCACCAACACAAAAUACACUUCUUUAGAUGAAACUUUUUAUCUACUCCUAAGCUCAAAUUAUUCUAAUAUAGUGGUUUCUAAUAUGCUGUUACUUUUCUUCAUUAGUUUGGAGUCAUAGAUCAACCAGAAGUCUAUGAAAACUUUUGUUAGAAUUUGCAUUAGAUGCUGUUUAACUGUUUAUGUAAGUUUUGAUAACGUUUUUUGUUAGUUUUAAUAUUUUAAUCAAAAUAUAAUGAUCUGUGUUUAUAUUUUUUUUAUUGAAAUUAUCAAUUUCAAAAUUUGAUACUAUUGAUUGCAAUCUUGUUAUGUUAGAAAAAAUGUUAAAUGCAUAAAUAGUUUAAGAAUUUAGAAGAUUUAGUUUACACAUGUAACCUGUGAUUUAAAUCUUGAUACACACAACAGAAAGACAUGAAUACACUCAGAAAAUGUAUCAUCAAGAUAUAAUAUACACCCAAUCAGUA